GCCUUAGCCUCUUUGUUCAGAGGGCUAAUUAGCAUGGGGUGGCUUUAGAGGCACAGCCACCUGACCCCAAGGCACUGGCUGAGGCCAUCCUCCUCCAGCCCCAGCUCUGGGGGCGAGUAUCUGGGGCACCUAGAGCUUCAGCCAGCCCGUGGCCAACUCCCAUGUAAAGUGAUCUGAGCAACUGCUGAGCUCUCCCAGCUGGACUGAACACAAAGGGGGCUGCUGGACGCAGACAGGCCUGGUGGUUCUCUCUGGUUCUCCACCAAGCUAUCGGCGCUGCCUAGCAUCACCACUAGGGUUCUCCAUGAUGGCGGGCCGCUCUCUGGGCCCCAGGAUACAGGCACCUGCCGGGAGCUCAGCCACCUGCCCCACCCCGCCGCUGACACCGGCUCCUUUGUGACGCAGCAACUGCCUGCACGUGGUGGAGCCGAUGCCCGUGCCGGGGAACGAUGUGGAAGCCUACUGCCUGCUGUGUGAGUGCAAGUACGAGGAGCGCAGCACCACCACCAUCAAGAUCAUCAUCAUCAUCUACCUCUCGGUGGUGGGGGCGCUGCUGCUGUACAUGGCCUUCCUCAUGCUGGUCGACCCCUUGAUCCGGAAGCCAGAUGCCUACACCCAGCCCCUGCACAAUGAAGAGGAGAACGAGGAGGCCCGCUCAUUGGCAGCAGCUCCCACUCCCACCGGCGCCAGAGCCAACACGGUGCUGGAGAGGGUGGAAGGAGCCCAGCAGCGAUGGAAGCGCCAAGUGCAGGAGCAGAGGAAGACGGUUUUUGACCGACACAAGAUGCUGAGUUAGAGAAAGCCGGGCAUGCAGUGACGGCCGCUGGAGACAGGCAGCUGCAGCGUAGUGGAGAUAGGCCAUGUCUAUCUCACCCAAUAGGACCCCCACAGUGUUUGUUUUGAGCCCUCCAACCCAUUCUCCCCAGUGUUUCAUAGAGCAGACAAGGCCAAAGUUCCUGCCUAUGACUGUGCCCUCUGCCCCCUUUGCAGCCUAAGCCAGAGGCACCCUGAGCUUUGCCCAGCUGAGGGCCCCAUUGACAACUGCCCUCAAAUGGCCCCAAAGGAAUCCUGAUGCAGCCACUGUCAUCCUUAAUAAGGAGACUGGCAGAAACUACAGGUCCCAGCAUGUACUGCUCCAGCUUUAUUCCCCAGCGGUCAUGACACAGAGUGCUGCAUGCUGGGACCUGUCGGCUGUACCUCGGUGUUGAAAGUUGUGGCAAAGGUGGGACCCAGUUUUAGAACUCCCUUGUCUGCAUUUGAUGCUUGGUGUGUGCCGCUCUCCAGAAGUGUGUCACAUGGCAUGAAAUAGCCUUGAGCAAAGGCAUUGUAGUCACUGGGGAAUCCCUGUCCCUUGCCUCUUCCUUUUAGCGGUUGUGUAACAAUCUGCAGCCUGGAGAAUUCAAAGAAAGCUAUUUAAUGAAACAAAGCUGGUUUCAGCCCAUUCCUGGCUUACACAGGGAGACAGAUACCUCAGCACAUGGCUUCUGCCAAACUUGUUCGGCCGCUGUGCUGUUAAGACACAGAGCCCACUGGCCUUAGCUGAGGGGCUGUGAACCCAGAGAAACCAACAAGGGAGGCAAGCUUGUGUUUGUGCUGGAUGAAAUAAGCCAGUUCUGUACAUAUGAGCGCUUGGAUGCAGCUUGUCCUCCCGUAGAGCUCAUGUUCGAUAGGAGGCGGUAUUAUUAUUUAUGGCUAUUAUUUACACUGCCUCACAGUUCUACUCCAUGGCAGGGCACCAGACGUUCUACCAGGUACCACAGGGAGCCAGACUCUCCCCUGGGGUAAACGGGCACAGUUCCACUAAGGUCAGUAGAGCUACCUUCACUGACAGCAGCGGAAGAUCUGCUCCCAGAGCCUUUUCUGUAAGGACGCCGCUCUGGACACAAGAGGCCUGGUUCUCUUCUCAUGGGCACCAGUGUCAGGAUUUGCACUGGUGUGAAUGAGAGGAGAAUCCAGGCCUUUGGAUUCAGCUGCUGCUCUGAUUUACUCUGGUGUAAAGCCGCAGUAACUCAACUGACGUCAGGGGGGGUCUCUCCAGAUCUACACCAGCCAAAGUCUGGCACCUGAGCCUUCUGUCUAACUGAGCAUUGUGAAAGUGUGUUGGGUACUAACAACCCAAGAAGUGGGGGCGGGGGGGAAGGCCUGAUUAUCAUUUACACUGAGGCCAUUUUACUCCGCUUUAGCCCUGCACAGUGGGGUAACACUUGGCUCCACUUUCAGGCCUGUUUACACUGGCAGAGUGAGGCACAGGGCCAUUAGUGUCAAUGAGACUUUAGAACAAAGGUUUCACUAUGUUUAGCAGGUCUGGAAGCUAAGCCUCUCCUCUCUGGAUCACAGAGCCCUGAACAGUUACUAAACAUGCACUUUAGUUUCCGUAAUGCAUAGAAGAAACUGGCUGAGAUCUUUGACUAUGGUAAGUAUUCCUGCGGUGUGUGAGAAAGCAGAGUAAUUAAUUGGUGUAUUUAUUCAUCUGUUACUCCAAUUUGUUUUCCCAUCAAAAAAGUUUGCUAAGUGCUUGAGUUUUGUUAUCAUGUAGCAUUGCUUCUUUAAACAGAAAC